AAAAAAGACUUCUUGGCAGGGCAUCUGGGAGGAUCCAUUGAAAGUAUGCAAGUGAAAGUGGUUCUAUAAACUGGGAAGGGGAGGUAUCAUGACUGUCUUUGAAUGAGAGAGACACAAGGAAUGACGCUGCUGAGAGGCCUUGCACGCGGCCAAGGCCCUGGUUCCCCACCCUGAACCACAGCCACAGUUGUGGGGUUGCAGGGGAGUAGCUUUCCACACGCAGUGGGCAUGCAGAGACCUCCGGAGGCAGCCUGGCUCUGCCCGAGCGGCCUUCACCAUUGAGGGCAAGUGUGCUUUGCUUCAGGAAGAAGGGAAACUUUUGGAAAAGGGGGGUUUGUGAAGGCAUUUUUUGUUUUAAAAUCUUUUGCGUAUUUAUUCCAUGUGAAUCCUCAGAGAUGUAGCAAAGAGAAAACAACCACAACCACGAACCCAUAAUAUCGAAAAGCAGUUCUUAAUUUCUGUAGCUAAAAAAGCAGUCUUUCAGGCUACAACCACAGAGAGACUGCUGCAGGCCCCUGGAGCCGGGCAUGAUGAUGGCUUGCGGUGCGAUGAGGAGGCUGUUAAUCUCUGUGGCCCAGGAGCCCAGUCUGUGGCCUCUCCAGUUACCCACGUUGCCUGGCAAUGCCACCAAAAGCCUCCCCACCAGGCCUAACUGGGCAGCAAUUGGGUACACCCAGCACAGCCUGCUGCCCAGCCUCCUGGGCUGCCCAGCCACAUCAAGGCUGGCCUCAGCCUCUGCAAGGGCCCGCCUGGUACCGAUGAAUGGGUGGGGCCAGCUGUAUGAAAAAACAAUUCAGAUAUUUAAAAUCUACUUGUCUGAAUGCAGCUAGGAAAGCAGCACGAGCUAAUGAUCGAACGUCUCUUCUGCCAAUGAGGAGUUGUCCUAAGAUUGGUGGCCUUGGCAGUGCUCUCCUGGGUGAGGUGACGAAGGGAAGUUUCUUCAGGACUGGAGCCCGGGAAUCUGGAUGAAGACCAAUGCUGGAAACCAGAUGCCUGAUGGGAUGCUGAGGCAUAGCCUGUUUCGGGAGCUACUGGUCUAGUGCAGACUGUUCACUGUGCAGCUCCAGCCUCAAAAAUCCUAAGCAAAUGCAGCUGACUGGUCAAGUCUAGUGCACAGACCUGAGCCCUCGCUGCCGCCUGGGGACCUGGAAACGUGAAGAUUGGGCAUUUUUACCUUCUGUGGUGGUGGAGAUAGGACCCAGGACAAUGGCUGCUGCUCAUGAUUUGGAAAUGGAGGAUAUGAAUCUAAAUAUGGAUAGAGCCAUGAACGAAGAGCUGGAGGAAGAGAAGAUGAGAGAGGAUGGCGGAGGUAAAGACCCCUUCAAAAAUAAAAAGGUCCACAGGAUUGUCUCAAAAUGGAUGCUUCCUGAAAAGGCCCGAAGAACGUACUUAGAGAGAGCUAACUGCCUCCCACCCCCUGUGUUCAUCAUCUCCAUCAGCCUUGCCGAGCUGGCAGUGUUUAUUUACUAUGCUGUGUGGAAGCCUCAGAAUCAGUGGAUCACCCUGGACACGGGCAUCUUGGAGAGUCCCUUUAUCUACAGUCCCGAGAAGAGAGAGGAAGCCUGGAGGUUUAUCUCAUACAUGCUGGUACAUGCUGGAGUUCAGCACAUCUUGGGGAAUCUUAUUAUGCAGCUUGUUUUGGGGAUUCCUUUGGAAAUGGUCCACAAAGGCCUUCGAGUGGGGCUGGUGUACCUGGCAGGAGUGACUGCAGGAUCUCUUGCCAGCUCCAUCUUUGACCCACUCAGAUCUCUCGUGGGGGCUUCAGGAGGAGUCUAUGCUCUGAUGGGAGGCUAUUUUAUGAAUGUUCUAGUGAAUUUUCGAGAAAUGAUUCCUGCCUUUGGAAUUGUCAGACUACUGAUCAUCAUCCUUAUAAUUGGGUCGGACAUGGGAUUUGCUCUCUACAGAAGGUUCUUUGUCCCUGCCAGUGGGUCACCGGUGUCUUUUGCGGCUCACAUUGCAGGUGGAUUCGCUGGAAUGUCCAUAGGUUACACUGUGUUUAGCUGCUUUGAUAAGGCGCUGCUGAAGGAUCCAAGGUUUUGGAUAGCGAUUGUGGCUUAUUUAGCUUGUGUCUUAUUUGCUGUGUUUUUCAACAUUUUCCUAUCUCCAGCAAACUGACCUGCCUCUAAUAUAAGCCAAUUAAUAAAAAGAGCCAUCUAGGAAAAAACUGGAGGACUCUAUGAAGAAACAGAGAAGUCACAGCACCUGCUGACAAUUUUAUAGAGGACAAACACCACUGAAGUCAUCAGUUGCAAAGAAUGCUUACAAAAGGAGUUAGGGUUUAAGGAAAGGGCUUCUGAAUGCAAAGGGAGGGAAGAGGAUGAGCGGGAAGGGAAGGGAAGUAAAAACCAGAGAUUGCCUCUUUCCCAGGUGUAUGUGGUGUGUGUAUACAUACAUACAUACAUAGCGUGUAAAUAUCCUCUCAAAAAGAAUUGCUCUUCUUCGAAGAUAUAUUGUAUUAUUGUAUUAUUAUUGUAUCUAUUGCUUGAUAGAAUCCACAAAUACUGUAGUAUGCUGAUAAUAAAAACUUUUCAUACCUGUGUCA